AUGCUUGCGCCUCGUUCUUUUUCCGCGACAACAUUCUUGACGUACGACAUAGUUUUGACUCUGCGAGACGAGGUGGCGUUCAUCUGGCCCAAACCCCAUACUUCCUGGAUCAAGUGGCUUUUCCUAUUCGUUCGAUACUUUGCCCUCGGAAUGCAACUGUCCCUCAUCUUCGUUGGAACAGAUAUCUCCGCGGGAUUCAACUACACUCGGAAGUCGUGUGUCUCAUGGUACAUCUAUCAGGAGGUGGCUACGGAUUUACUGGUGGCUGCUGUUGAGAUUAUCCUCAUGAUUCGAGUCAAUGCACUGUACAACGGGAGUGCAUGGGUAACCUGGAUUCUCGCGGCGCUAUUCGUGGGUGAAAACCUGGCCAUACUCAUCACGCUCAUCAAAGUCGUUCCGGAGGUAGAGUUCGACUCGGUGUGUGUUGUAACGCAUUCACCAUUCUCCCUUUUGGGCUUCGGCAUCGCGGUGAUUGCUUUCGAGACGGUGCUUCUCGUGCUGAUGCUCGUCAAAUUCGUCAAAGCCCUGCUCUCUGGAUGGGGAGAUGCUCCAAUUCUGACGGUGGUUGUCCGUGAUGGUAUCUGGGCCUUUGCGUUGAUCUUUUUUGUCUUGUGUGUUAAUGCAGGCUUCUAUCUUGGUCUCAACGGCUCGUUAGCAGCAGUCGCAUACCAGUGGAUUAUCUCGGUCGAGUCAUUUGCAGGUUAUCGGUUGAUCCUCAACACACAUCAUAUAGACAGACCUCGCUUCACGGACGCUUUAGGCCCCGAAACUACAGGUCUCCAGCUUACCACGAACAUAGAGGUUGGAAGAACGACUGGUGAUGUGACUACACGCCCGCACGCAAAUCCCCGCGCGCUAAGAACGUUGAGACGAGGUCGUGUGACCUUUGCUGAUGAAGAGGCUAUCGUGAGCGUCGAAGAAGAGUAUGAAAUGACACCAACGGCAACAACUUCUGGGACUGGAUCUCAGACAAGUCGGAAAAAAGCCAAUACCGUACCGGCAGUGGAUGUUUAG